AUGGACCCGCUUGAGCAUGUCCUUGUUAACCUUUUGGGUGCCACGUCAUUGGACUCGCCCUAUCGUUGUUUCUUUGCGGAGUAUGGAAUUACUCAGGCUAGUGAGUUGACUGCUAUCACUGAGGCGCGCCUUGCAACCAUCUCAUUUGGUGUUGUGACACCAGUUGCUGGAGAUGGUACAUCCACUACUGUCCGUACUUUCCUUCUGCCUGCGCAGCAGGAUCGGAUCAUGAAGAUCAUCACUUGGUUCCUUGCCCAAGGACCCAACGUUUCAAAUGCUACCUGGUUUGUACUGACACCAGCUAUGCUUGAAUACUGGCAACCGGCAUUGGUCCCUGUUGCAUCUGCUGCCCCGGCCACAUCUGUUGUUGCCUCUGUUGCUAGGAGUACUCUGGAAGAGAGUGCUGCUGCAAAAUUUCGAAAAACCAUUAAGAAUCACUCUGUCCCAUACCCGUUGUUCAAUGAAGACCGUCUCUGGGUGACUUGGAGUACAAAUAUUCGUAUCAAGCUUCGCAUUCAUGGUGUUCAGCUUGUUCUUGAUCCUGACUAUGUUCCUCAGACUGAUGAGGAAGUGGAGACUUUUUUGGAGAUGCAAAAUUUUGUCUUUGGUAUAUUCAAUGAUACCCUGUUGACCGCUCGUGCACGCGGUAUUCUACACAAACAUGUUGAUGACUUGGAUGCUCAGGCUGUGUAUUGUGACCUGGUUGCAUCAUAUGGCAAGGGUAUUAAUGCGCAAAUUAUGGCUACGUCUAUUGAGACAAGGUUGACCCUGUACUCACUUGCAACUUCAAGAGCCAAAACCUGUGUUGCUUUCCUCACAACUUGGAGGAACCUCAUCUAUGAUUUGGAGCGCAUUAAUGAGUUUGAACUCCCUGAUCAUCAGAAAAUUGUCCGCCUUAAGUCUGCUGUCCGUUUGCAUCCGCAAUUGAACUUGUUCCUUGGGAAUGUCCAGCUUUACUCUCGAACCCAUGUGGGGAAGAGUGCCAAUGAUUCUGACUUUGAAUAUAUUUAUGAUCUGAUGCUUGAGCAUGCCACUGAUAUUGACCAUACUGAUCUGGAAAAUGCUAAGACUCCUGAAUCUCAGGGCACUGUGGCUUUGAAUGACUGGGAUGCCCCCUCUGUUGAUGAGGAGGAUGCCCUCUCUGCUGAUGAAAAAGGUGUCAUUCCUGCUGUGGAUUCACUCAAUGCCUUGAACUUGAAUGAGCCUGAGACUCUGGUACAUGCUGAAAUGACUCAGCCACUGCAAUCUGUUUCUUCUGAAAAGGGCCAUAUGCUUUAUUCCCUUGCUUCUAAUGCUUCUGUCCAGCAGCAUGUUCCAUCUGCCCACACCCUUUCUGAUACUGUGUCCUUGAAUGGUGUCAUAUACUGUCGGCAGGUUAAUUGUGCCUCUGUUUGCCUUUCCUCCUUUCCUGUUGGUGGUCCUGUUCCUCAUUCACUCAUGGAUGGAGGGGCCAAUGGUGGUUUGAGUGGCUCUGAUGUUAGAGUGAUUUCUGAAUCUGUCUUGACAGCCAAUAUUUCUGGAAUUGGUAAUACCAACCUUACCAACCUUCGUCUGUCAACGGUGGCCGGACUCAUUCACACAACGGAUGGUCCCAUUAUUGGUGUGUUUCACCAGUAUGCUCAUCUGGGUACUGGUCAUACCAUACACUCCUGCAACCAAAUGCGCUCCUAUGGAGCUAUUGUUGAUGAUGUUCCCUGUGCUCUUGGUGGUGACCAACAUAUCAUUUCACCCAAUGGCUGCUAUGUGAUUCCUCUUUCUGUUGCUGGUGGUUUGACCUAUCUGAAAAUGCAACCACCCUCAGACCAUGACCUUGAAACCUUUGAAUGGGUUCCCUUUACUAGUUCUGCUUCUUGGGAUCCUAAUUACCUGUCUGAUUCUGCUUCCACUGAUAUAGAUUUCAGUUUGAUGCCCCCUCCUGCAAAUUCUUGUGCCAAUUUCCCUCUGGAUGGUGGGGAGUGUUUACUGGCCAAGCCCAUUGAUCUUGCUGAGAAAGAUCUAGGCCAUGUUCCUAUGAUAGACUCAUCCCUCCAGAAAUUGACUGCCUGCUCUUUUAAAAAAUGUUUUGGAAUUUCUGAGCAUGAGGCAUGGGGAGAUGUUGAUUGGAUGCACCCUCUCUACAGUUGCUACCCUGCUGUGCCUCUCCUUGUUGCUACUGAUGCUGUCAUGAGACAGAUCACUAUCUUUUCCUCUGUGUGGAUAUGUAUUGCAUCAAUUAUGUUGAAUUCUAUUUGGCUGGAUGACUUAGCCAAUGUUGCUGAUAUUUUGAAAUUGUUGUUUGGCAAUAUUUUCUAUUCUGAUUAUUUUGUCUCGAGAACCUCACAGUGGGGAGUGUCAACUGGAAAGUUGUUUUUGAGUACCGCCUCGCGCGAUUGCGCGCAUGCCUUGAGUCACGGCACCCAAGGCAAGCCGGCCAAAACUAAUCUUGUGUGUUUGGUCACAGAUUGCAAGACUGAUUGUUUUGGAUUGGUGACUGGACAGUUGAAUGUCCAAAAACAUCAUGUGACUGUUUUGGGUCUCGACCGUUACCACGCUCAGAAGCAUGGUUACUAUGACAAACUUGACCACGGUAGCGUGUACAAUACCGUGGGAUUGAUGAAAAUGGUCCACGGUGAUGCUUAA